AUGCGCCAGGACUUUCUUUCCUUUGCCCUAACUCUGGUCUCUAUCACUGGGCGACUUGUCAUUGGCACACCCGUUAUGCGUGAUGCUGUAAUUGAUGACUCAGUCGUGCUCAACUAUGCACUCACUCUAGAGCACCUAGAAAACGCCUUUUACAGCGGCGCUCUGGCGAAGUUCGACGAAGCCGCUUUUAAGCGCGCAGGCCUUCCAGCAUACGCUCGUGGGCGCUUUCAGGAGAUUGCAGCUCAUGAACAAGCCCAUGUCAAUCUUUUAUCUGAAGCGUUGGGUAGCUUGGCGACUAGUCCAUGCACGUACAAUUUCUCUUACACUGACGUUAAAUCGUUCGCUGCGUUCAGCGAGCUGCUCGAAGGCGUCGGCGUCUCUGCGUAUAUAGGGGCUGCCCAGUCAAUCACCAACAAAGCCUAUUUGACGGUAGCAGCCAGCAUCCUGUCAACCGAGGCCCGCCACGCCAGUUGGGUGGCUGCUGCCGUGAACAAGUUCGGAGGCUGGAGCGGCGCCUUUGACGUUCCGUUGGACUUCAACCAGGUCUACAGCAUCGCUGCCAGUGUAAUUGCGGCGUGCCCCUCAACGAACCCUGUGCUACCUGUUCGCGCGUUCCCUAAUUUAACAUUGUCAAAUAUCAAGCCUGGAGGAAAUGCAGACAUCAAAAUAGAAAACUUGGUGGCGAACGGGUCUUCGGUUGAUCCGACAUUUGUUGUAUUCCUUACGGGACUGGAGAAGAUAUUUGUCCCAGUUCAUGAUGGGAAGGUCAUCGUUCCAGCAGGUCUUUCGGGCCAAGUAUAUGUUGUUGCGACGAACAGCAGUACGGAUGCGAACGAUAGUACCAUCCUCGCUGGACCUGCGAUCCUUGAGUUCGAAAGAGACUCGCAUGGGCAUAUGGCCAACUGA